AUGAAUAAAAUUCAAACGAAAUAGAACGGUGCUGCUGCUCGUUGCGGCCGUAUUCUUUCCGUUUUUUGAUAAUUUUUUAGAAUUUUUUUUUUGAAAUUUUUUUCGUAUUUUUUUUGUAAAUUUAUUUUCGUUUAAGUCUUCAAAUUUAUUUUCGUGCUAAAAGUGUGUACGAGUUUUUUGUGAAUUGUGGCACAAUUUUUUUUUUCAUUAAAAACCUAAAGAAAAUAAGAAGAAAAUUGGUCGAAUCACAAUAUAGACUAAAAUUUGCCGAAAAACUAAAAUUAAAGCAAAAUUCAAUCAAAAAUCAAAUGUGUACGAAUAGUUUUUCGAAGCGGAGCGCACGAAGCAUAUACACUGACAUAAUUUGUUUGUGUUCCGAGGAACUUUAAUUCAUAUUUAUGUUGUUGAAUGAGAAUAGCUGUUGAAAACAAAUCAAAAACAAAGUGAAUUGGACACAUCAAAAGUCAACAGACAUAAAUUCAUUGUUUCGGAACAAACAAAAAACACACGAAAGAUAACAAAAAGUUUUUUUCUCUCAACGAAACACUUUUCGAAAAAUCAACUGUUUUGUCAAUUACUAUCAAAAGACUUUAAAAAAGAAAGUUGAAAACAAUUGGUUCACACAGAAAAAAGUUUUGACUUUUAAAAAUUGCAUUUCGAACUCCUUACUCCAGGAAGACAAAUCUAGAGAAAAACAAAGAAAACACAAAUCGAAAACCGACUAUUUUGAGUAAACCAAAAGUAAAUCUAAAUAAAAAAAAGUUUGAAGUAACUCCUUUUGAAUUGAAAAAAGAAGAAAUAAGAAACAAAUCACAUUAAACAUGGCUGAUAUGGAUCAAUUUGCUGAAUUGGAACUUUCCAAAGAAGAUCGUGAACAAAUAUUUGAACCGCCCACAGAUAGACAGCAACAUCCUGUACUUGAUCCUUCAUCAUCAAGUAGUUCAACAAGAAUUGUUAUUAGCGGCAUUCCACUUCAUGCUCGCUUUGAUGAUAUCGAACCAUUAUUAAAACCUUUCGGUAAAGUGGAACAUUGCGACGCAGUGUCUAGUAAGGAUCCAAACACUCAAACUGUUCACAUUACAUAUGAAACAGUCGAACAAGCUCAAAGAGCUGCUGCGGGAUUAAAUGGCGUUGAGUUCGAAGGUGGAAAGCUUCACGCAGAAUCGUUGGAGAAGCAAAGGCGUGGUCCUCGCAACCGUGGCCAAUAUCCAGCACUGCCUGGAGGUGGAGGACCCGGCCGUCAAACCGAUUUUCCACUGCGUUUGCUCGUUCAGAGCGAUAUGGUUGGAGCCAUAAUUGGUCGUCAGGGUAGCACUAUUCGCCAAAUUACCCAGCAAAGCCGUGCUCGUGUUGACGUGCACAGAAAAGAUAAUGUUGGCUCAUUGGAAAAGGCAAUUACAAUCUAUGGCAACCCCGAAAACUGCACAAAUGCUUGCAAACGCAUUCUCGAAGUGAUGCAACAAGAAGCUGUUAAUACCAAUAAAGGGAGUGAGAUUGUAUUGAAAAUCCUUGCUCACAAUAACUUGAUCGGUCGCAUCAUCGGAAAGAGUGGCAACACAAUCAAACGCAUCAUGCAAGACACUGAUACCAAAAUUACCGUUAGCUCCAUUAAUGACAUUAACAGUUUCAAUUUGGAACGCAUAAUCACGGUCAAAGGCUCAAUUGACAGCAUGUCUAAAGCCGAAAAUCAAAUUAGCUCGAAACUGCGUCAAAGCUACGAAAACGAUUUGCAAGCGAUGGCACCACAAAGUAUAAUGUUCCCAGGACUACAUCCAAUGGCAAUGAUGUCGACCGCUGGAAAUGGCAUUGGCUUUGGGCCAAACCGUGCUGCUGGUGGUGGUGGUGGUGUUUAUCCUGGAUCUGGUUAUCCAAUUUACCAGCCGCCAGCUGGAUUGCCACCAGGUGCAAAUGAUAUUCAGGAAACCACUUACUUGUAUAUUCCAAACAAUGCUGUUGGCGCUAUCAUUGGUACUAAGGGAUCUCAUAUCCGCAAUAUCAUCCGUUUUUCAUCGUCAUCAGUUAAGAUUGCUCCACUCGAGGCUGAAAAACCGAUUGAACAGCAACCCGAACGAAAAGUCACCAUCAUCGGUAGUCCGGAAGCUCAAUGGAAGGCACAGUACCUGAUUUUUGAAAAAAUGCGCGAAGAAGGUUUCGUCACUGGCACAGACGAUGUGCGAUUAACAGUUGAAAUUCUUGUACCUAGCUCACAGGUUGGUCGUAUCAUUGGUAAAGGUGGUCAAAACGUUCGCGAAUUGCAACGUGUAACUGGUAGCAUAAUCAAACUUCCAGAACACGGAGCUCUGCCAGCCGAAGAAGAAACGACCGUUCACAUUAUUGGACCCUUCUUCAGUGUGCAGUCGGCACAGCGUCGCAUUCGUGCUAUGAUCUUAUCAACUAAUCCGCCACCGGCGCCGAAAAAGAGUCAACGAUCAGCUAAAGAUUCCUCACCAAGCGGAGGUCCACCAUCACAAGCGCCGCCACAACAGCAACAACAAGCAACACCACCAAGCUCCCAAUAAUUUGCGUAAAAACCAUAUUCUAUUUUUCAUAUAACAUCAAUGAAAUACCAGCAAAACAGAAAUCUGUUCACAAUUUUCAAUUCAACAAUCAACAAUAGAAAAAGAUAAACCAAAAUCGUACUCCAAGCAUGGAAAAAAUAAUUUCACUAUAAAAAAAACCCAAUAGUCAACAAUUUCAUCGUCUCUUCCAAUUCAAAUGAUCAACACAAACAGAAGAAAAUCGUUUAAAAAAAAAUUAUGUAUUCGUUCACAAAUUGGUACUUAUUCCCUUACCUUUUUCGCUUGAAGCAGGAAACUUGAAAAUAAAACUGAAUGAAUAAUUGCUGAAAUGCAUAGCGAAAAAUAAGAAUCCCAAGUCAAAUGAAAAUUAUUUAGAUAUCUUUUGAAAAUGAAUCAUGAGUUUGUCAACCAACAUAUAUGUAUUUAUAAAAAACAUUGUUUGUGUACUACCGUAAAGAUAAGUUAUUUGAGCCGUGGUUCAUUUUGAUUAAUGGAAUUUUAUUCAUGGAAUUGUACUAAAGAUAACUAUUUAAUUCAUUGAUUCAUGUUAAUGCACUUGCAUUUCAGAUGGAAUAAUCUUUGUGUAGAUUCCUCCAUUUGUCACAUGCAAAUCAAAAUUCAAAUCGAUAAAUAAAAUGCUGAACAUUGAAUCAAAA